AUGAGUGCUGAAGAAGCAAAAGAGCUAGCGUUUUGCGAAAAAGAGGAGGGAAAGGCUGAGGAUCUAAUACCUGAAGAAUCUCGUUCUGAUGAAAAUUAUAUAUAAUACCAAUUAGGAUUUCUCGAAGCACUAGCAAGUUUAUCUUAAGGCUUAUUAUUAACGAUAACCACGAUUGACAUCUUGCACUUUCUUACAUAUCUUUUGUCCAAACAAAACAUGCCAUCGAAAGUUAGAGGUAUGAAAUAAAUGAAAUUUACAAGAAGGAUAAAGUUAAAAUGAAAGCUGAAAAUAUAAUACAAGUAUAGGUUGUGAGCUCAAUACUUUAUAUCACCAUAUUAUUUGUACAUUAUAGCAAGUUAAGACCUAAAUCUGUAUAAACUAGCACAACCUUAUUGCAUAUUAUUUAUAUCUUAAUUUACACUACAUAAAUUGAGAAACAUAAUUUCACCUAUAGCAGAACUGACAGAUCAGCCAUGCCAUCCUGAAAAGAAAAUAAAAAGCAUUACUGAAGAGCAACCCAAGGAUAAGUUCAGCGACUGCGAAGAUACUUCAGCAAACAUUUGCACUAUUUAUGCCUUAUACAAGCUCACUCCUCAAGAGCGUGAAAAUAAUUCUCUUCAGCUUGCAAUAAUUGGAAGCGACAGCUACCCAAUUAAAUUUCAAAAGUUCAAAAUAUUAGAAGGAUAUUGUAAAAAAUUUGACCAAAAUAUUAAAAUUUUUGAAAUGCCUAUUCAACUUAAUAAAGGGUGGAAUGGAUGCAUUCAAGUUAAGCUCAUGUUUUAUGAUAAAUCUUUAGAUAAAAUUAAAGAGAACUGAGAAAGUGGGGGUCAAUGCAGAGGCGUUAAUUUGGAGUUUCAAAAUAAUUUCUUGUUUGAUGUUAAUAUAGUUACCAUAUAUUCGUUAGGGGCUGUUAGACCUGAUGGUGAAUCUGUAAGUGGUUCAUUCAAGCAGCUAUCAAUUUACGCAGACUAUUUAUUAAAAAAUCUCAAUUGGGAGAAAACUAUUCCAAUGCUUAUUAAGCAAUUUAAAGCGAAAUAUGGAUUUGAUAUUACUGAUUAUGAUAAUGCAAAAAUUUUCCUUGAAAUAUUGGAAGAAUUUAUUUCAUCAUAUCCUCAACUGUCUAUAGAGAAGCUCCAUGCUCUUGUCUCUUUGAUAUCAUGCAUCACUCAUUCAAUGAUCCCAGAUGUCAAUUUCAGCAAGUCUCAAGUUUUAUUAGAAAACACUGACCAAUUUCAAAAUUUAGAAUCGGAUCCUCAUUUCUUAAAAGGAUUAGCCCAUUUAAUGGCAUUUAAGAUGAAAGAAGAUAGGAAAAUCUGAAAUGUUUUUGAUUACAAUAUGGGUGAUGAUUCGAAAUUUGAAAUCUUAGAACACUUUUUAAAAGAUUUGGAUGAACUUAAAAUUCCUUUAAAUAUUGAACAAAAAAAUUUUAUUAUUAGCAAAAUAAAUUCUUUCAAUUUAAAGAGAUGAAUCUGCAUAUUCAAAAAAAUAGUUAGUCAAGGUUUAAGCUGUGAUGAAUUUUUUAGAAGCCUGCAAUUAGUUUGUUUGAAAGAGACUAAUGAAUUGGCUAAAAAUAAAUCAAUUAAGGAUAUUGAUACUUUAGUAGAAGAAUAUUGCGAAAAAUAUAUAUCAAGCUUGGAUAAUAUCGUUGAAUUUUUUAGAGUACUUUGCAGCCUUGACCAAGAAUUUAAGCUCUUAAUGUAUAACAAUAAGGCAAGAGCAAUGAUAUGAAACAUUUUAAAACAAAGCACUGAAAAAAUAAAGAUCAGGCUUCAUUGCUACGAACAAAUAUUCAAAAAUUAUUAUGAUGUUUUUUAUUCUGACUACUAUUCCGCCAUUGAACUUUCUGAAACACUUAUAUAUGAAGACAAAAUUGAAUUUUCAAUAGUGUGCAAUACUUUUAAUUUCAAAAUCUCUGUUGUUGACUCAUUUUUUGAAAAAUGGUCAAAUAAUAUUAUUGCUAAUCAUCAAAAAGUUGAGGAUAUUAUCUCCAAUUUUAAAAGUGAAGCUCUUUCGAUUGAAAACCAAAAAAAUUUAGAAAGGCUCUGCUUUAUUUUUGUAGAGCGUCUUUUAUUAAGAUGCAAAAACAUAAAGAAAGAAUUUCUGAGCUGUGUGGUAAAUAUCGAUAAUUGCCAAAAUGAAAUUUUAAAUGAGGCUUAUAUUGAAAUAGAAUUAAAAAACGAGAAGGAACUGCUUUUGGGUAAAGAAAUCUCAGAAAAUGAUAAAGUCGAAAAAAUACUUAAAAAAUUUUCUAAACUUCAUGAAAAAAAUGAAAAAAAUAAAACUCUGAGCACCCUUAUAGAGAGAGAACUCUCUCUUAUUGUAUAUGAGUAUUCAGAGCAAUAUAUUAAAAAUGCUUUAUUUACUGAACCUCAAAAGAAAAAAUGAUGGGGCUGAAUAUUCAACUCAAACAAAAAAUUAACAUCAUUUAAACAUCCAAAGUUGCUUAUAAGCACAAUAUCCAAAAUAGGAGAGAAAAUAUAUAAUAAAGAUAUUACUUUAUCUGAAAUCGAUACUAUCAAAAAUCAGCUUAAACAACAGAGAUCAGACAUGAUAAAUCUAUUAGAAAUUUCAUUUAAUAAUUUAGAUAAAGAAAAGCUAAAUUUUUCUAUGGCAAUUGAAGAAGCUAUAGAAAAAAAAAAUGAAAUCGAAAACAGUUUAAAUUCUUUCAAUAGAUUUAUUUGCCAUUUUCAAGAUAUUAUGGUAGACUAUGAAGCUAUAGAGAAAGAACAUAAAGAUUUAAUGAAAAAAUUUUUAGAAAUUAAAUUGGCUAAAUUUGAAUUUCCACAACAAAUUAAAAUGAUAGUAGAUAUAUCAUGUGAAAUUGGGCUUGCAAUUGACUCAUAUAUAUUUAAUAAUUAUUAUCUGCCCGAAUGCAAAAUAUUAUUAACAACAUCAAGUUCACCCAAAUUGGACAUUCACAAAAUAAUUGAAGGCUGUAGAAAUUCAUAUGAUAAAAUGAUUCAAAACUUGAUUAAAUUGUUUCUUGAUGCUAGUGCUAAUUAUCCAUUGGGAGAAUUCAUAAAAAUAUUUUCUAAAAUACAAGAUGUUGACAAAGAGAUAGAAAUCAUUGCCAGCCUUAUGAAGAAUGAAGGUCUCUUUGCUUUUGAUAAGAUAGCUCGUUUUAGAGAAUUUUUGGAGAGAUAUCAAGAGAAUGAUACUUUGUUAAACGCAUGUCAUGGAAUAAUUGGUCUCAAAGAAAUUACAGGAGAAGCAGAUAUUAAUGUUUUGAAAAUAUGCUCUGACUACAUUAAAUUAUCAUCAAAUCUUUACAAUUAUUGCAUUUAUGAAUUUUUAAACGAAUCAGCCAAAAUCCAUGAACUGUUUCAAAAUUUGUCGAAAGAGCAAAAAAAUUCAUUAGCCGCUUCACUUCAAGAAAUAGCGAAAUCAAAAGAGCUUGUGCUCUUCUUGUUAAGCUUAAGAGAAGGUGAAAUAAAGGAUAUGAAAGAAGGCAUAAAUGACUAUGAAAUUGAGUUUGUUAGCAUGCAGACCAUAUUAGAUUUAGAAAACUUAUGAUAUUGUAUCAGAGAUAUAAAGGAUUCUUUGUCUAAUUUUGCUCAGCUCAGUCAAUUAUUUGCAUCAAAUUGUGAUAAUGGAAAAGAUUUUAAAUCUGUCCCUAGUCAGCUUUGCUCAUGUGCUGCACAACUCAAUGCUAUAACAAAGUUGCAUAUUGAAAUAAAUUGCAAAGAAGAAGCUAAAAAGAAACAAAUUUUUGGAAUUGUGAAAAAAUCAAGCUUUAAACUGAAAUUUGAAAAUAAUGAAUAUCUCAUUGAUUUAGUAUAUUCUGAGAAUGCGAAAAAGCAGUUUGAUAUAUCAGAUAUUAAUGAACUUAAAAAUCGAGCACAGUUGAUAAUGCACACCUAUCAGUCCUCAUGCACGCAUAAUGAUGGAGGAUUACAAUAUUUUGAUGUUUUUGUGAAUUAUAUCAACUUAAUAAAUAAAAUUAUCAACUGUAUGAAUGAUUUAUAUCAAAGUGGCUAUCCAAAAUUGGAGGAUAAGCUUAAUGAAGAAUUUAGCUGUUGUGAUGGAGACUAUGAAGCCGUAAUCCAAUUAAAAAAGGAAAUACAGCGGCUAUUUAAAUCUUGGGAGAAAAAUUUGAGCAAUUCCUAUAAGGAGUGUUUUUGGUUAACAUUUUUGAGUGGAAACCAGUUUUGGACUUUAGAAAAUUAUAUUAUUGACUCAUCCUGUGUAUCAAAAAACGAGGCAAUAAGCUUAUUAAAGUUUAUGGGGAAACAGACAGAACUUUCAGUACAAUACAUUAAAGAUGGGCUACCAGAAGAGAGAUUAAUGAAAUUAGGAAUUGUUCUGAACGAAAUCCCUAAUUUAAAUGGCAUUCCUCCAAACCCAGAAAUUUUAGCCUUCCAAGGCGAAAUCAUCAUUCUUGACACAACAAAAUAUCUCAAUGGGAUUUUUUCUAUUUAUGAAUACUAUAAGCUCUCUUUUCCUAGUGCCUCUCAAGUCUUAUUUUGUAAAAGCUGCACUUAUUGAAGAGAACUUAAAUCCUUUCUAUAUAGAUACUUUAAAGACCCUUCUUGCAAUAUCUACUGCCUAAUAAACUGUGAAAAUCUCUCUUUAGAAAAUCAAAUAAAUUUUAAAUUACUUUUCAAUGAGUUAUACGGCUUAUCGCCAAUAAAAUCAGGGCUCGGAAUAAUUACAGCAAACCCAAAAUGCUACUUACUCCUCUUUAAUUGGAAAAAAAAAAAACUAUUUAAAGGGGAUCGCAAAAUUUUCAAACAUAAAAUUGAUUAUUUUUUUAAAAAUUUUAUGAAAAUUUAUUUAGAAAAUUAUUUGAUCCAGCAUGACAAUCUUUAAAUAGCAUCCUCUUUGGCUCCUUCUUUAAACUGGCUAAAGUUAUUUACACUUUCGCUUAAAAUUUUUUUAUUAAAAAAUUAAAAUUCUGCUUCAUUUAAAAGGGGAGCUACUGCAGUAUUUAAUAUAUUUAAAAGUCCCAAAGGUAAAUAGAUUCAGCUCGAAUAAAAUUUUAAGUGAUGAAAAAAUAAAGAUAAAGAUAAGUGAAAUAGAAAAUCAAAGCCGAGUAAUAACUUCAUCUUUUGCAGGACUUGGAAAAUCAGUAAUGAUAAAAGAGGAGGAAAGACAGAAAGGGUCAAAUUUAAUCACUUUUCCUAUUGGUGGUGAUAUUAAUUAUGCAGAGUUAUGCAAAAUGAUUUCGAAGUUGAACACUGUCACUGGGAACUCAGUUUUGCUUUUAAAUAUUAGCUAUACAAGCAACCCUUCUCUAUUAAACGAAAUUUUAAUCAAUAUCUGCCUUUUCAGAACUUUAAGCACAUCUGAAAGUAUUUCUGUGCUAGAUGCAGGGAUUCCUAUUUUAAUUGAAGUAGCAAAUAGUUUUCAGGACAAUCUUUUAAAGUCUAUAGAUUAUUUAAGUUUUGUUCCUUCUUGCCAUCUUGAUUAUUUUGAUAUAGAGCGUUUAAUAGUCCCCCAAAUAAUUGAUGAUCCUAUACAAGUUGUGGGUAAUUAUUUGAAUUUAUAUGAGAAUCAUUUAAUUGACGAUAAGAAAGCCAUAGAAAAUAAAAUAAUUUUGCAGAAGGAUCAUUUGAUUUAUUUAAUAAAAAAUUAUUUUAUAGAAGAACAAUAUGAUAAAAAAAGUGUGACAUAUACGCAACUGAAUAUUUUCAUAUCAAUAUUAAAUUGGCUGCUCCUUAAUUUCGAAAGAAGUCCAUUUUCUCCUGACAUCAUAAAAGAUAUACAGGAAAAUUUAUCAUACUUGGGACUUUCUAAUAUAGCAGAAAAACUCUCCUAUUUUCGAACAAUGGUCUUUGAGUCUUUAUUAAGCUCAACUAAAGAAUUCACAACUAAAUGUAUAUCAAAUAUUAAAGAAAUCCAAGAAAAGUCCUCAGAAAAAAUUUUAAUGAACCAAAUUGAUGACGCAAAUGAAAUUUCUUCUUUAGCCUUAAAAUACCAAAAUAAUAUCAAAUGAGAAUCAUCAAACCAUUUUCACCUAAUUUUCCUUAAAGAUGGGUCUUUUAUUCCUAUAUAUAGAAAUCGAGAUUGUGUUCCAGAAAAUUUCAAAGAAUUAAUUUCUCUACAAAAAUUAGCAGCAAAACAAAAUAUUUUUAUAAGAAAACGCAAAAAUAAAGAACAGUGAAAAAAUUUUGAAAUUGAUGACUACGCAUCAAUGAAUCGUUAUCAGCUGCUAGAAAUAUUGAAUAAUUAUAAUAGAUAUAAUGUAAGACUGGAAAAAACGUAUGGAGAUGGCGAAUAUGUAAUGACUCCUGAUAAUUUCUUAAAAAUGAAUCUUAUUUAUCUUAGAGUCUACUCAGGCCUUCCAGUUAUUAUUAUGGGCGAAACUGGGUGUGGAAAAACAUCAUUGAUACAAUUUCUUGUUGAAAAUGUGCUAGGAAAGCCCAAAAAAGAGCCUCUUAGAAGCAGUUUGCAUAGCUCUUCGUCAAUUGAAGAAGAAACUAAAGACGAAUCAUCAAGGCUUUACUCAAAAAUUAGUAUUCAUGCAGGCACCACAUCAGAAGAUAUACGAAACAAAAUGAAAAAAAUAACAGAAAAAGCCCAAAAAAUCGGCCCAGAUGAAAAAUUGUGAGUGUUUUUCGAUGAAUUCAAUACAACUGAUUCUAUUGGAAUGAUUUGUGAAAUUAUGUGUGAAAGAACUCUUGAUGGAAACCCUUUGCCUUCAAAUAUUGCGUUUCUAGGAGCGUGUAAUCCUUAUAGAGUUUCUUCAAAAAAAGGAAUGCAGCAAAAUAUUGGUAUCAAAAAAGUAAAAAGAACGCAGAAUGAAAGUAAGCUGGUUCAUCUCGUAAAACCGCUCCCUGAAACCAUGAUAGACUAUGUGUGGGACUUUGGAACGCUCACUCAUGAAGAUGUAAGAAAAUAUGUUAAUAAUAUGCUUGACCGCAUAAAUUCACAGUAUAAAGAAGUUUUUACUGAUAUGAUAUGUAUAGCUCACAAGUAUUUCCAAGAAGAGGAAGAUGUCAGCAGUGUUAGCUUAACUUUUCCACAGUGAGGAUGCCCAUCAUGAAAUUGUUUAUAUCUGCGAUAAGCUCGUUAUUUUAAUAAAAGAGAUACAUUUUUGGAGAAUUUUAGAAUUGGAAAAUAAGAUUAAAACAUUUAUUUGCAAUUUGAUGAGUAAAAAAGAGAAAUAUAAUGCAUCCCAGUGCUAAAAUUUUUUUUUAUUGAAAAUCAAAAAAUUUUUUAUUAAUUGCUUUCAAAAAAUGCUCUUGUUUAAAUUUAAAGAGGGAUGAGUAAGAGAUGUAUCAAGAUUUAUUGAUUUAUAUUUAUGGUUUGAAAAGUCUAUCUCUGAUCACUUAAACUUGCCACCAAAAUCUAACUCCUUCACCUUUGUGAGGAUUAUCCCGUUCUUUAAGAGUCAGCAAAAAAAAUAAGGUCUUAAAAAAUUUUUUAAACAAUUUUUAAUUUUUGCUUUUUAUAUUUAUAAAAAAAGUUAAACUCCAAUUGUAAACAGCGUUCUCAAAGGGAGUAAAGUCAAUGAAAAAUAUAUUAAUGCGAAUCAAGACACUGAUCUUUCAGCGGGAAUCCUUUCUUUUUCUCAUUGCUAUUACUUAAGAAUUGCAUCCGAAUUAGAUCGAGAGCGUUUUAUACGCAAAAUUUCUGAUUCUAUAAGCAGCCCCUUUAUAAGUGUAUUAAAAAUUAAGGAAAUAAUAGAGCUAGAAAAAAAUGACUAUAUAGAAAGAAUGGAAUUGCCAAAAGGAACAGCUUUAAAUAAUGCUUUAAAAGAAAACAUUUUUGCUGCUAUUCCUUGUAUUGUUAAUAAAAUACCUGUUUUUAUAUGUGGAAAGCCUGGAAGCAGCAAAUCUUUAUCGAUAGAAUUAAUAUUUUCUAAUCUCAGAGGUAAAACAUCAAAUGACCAUUAUUUUAGGACUUUGCCAGAGCUAGUGAUGGUGCAUUUUCAAGGCUCUGAGUCUUGCAAAUCUGGAGGAAUUAUAAAGGUUUUUGAAAAAGCUGGAAAACAUCCAAAAAUAGGGCACGAGGUUCUCCCUGUGAUUGUAUUUGAUGAAAUUGGCUUAGCUGAACUAUCAAGAUAUAACCCUUUAAAAGUUCUUCACAAAUAUCUUGAAAAAGAAAACAUUAAAGUUGGAUUUAUCGGGAUUUCUAAUUGAAGGUUAGAUGCCUCUAAAAUGAAUAGAGCUUUAUAUCUAGCUAGGCCUGAUCCAUGUGAGGAUGACUUGGUGCUGACUGCAUUGGAUAUUUAUCAUUCAUACACUGAAAAUAAAAUUUACGACCAUAUAAUUAAGAAGCUUGCUAAGGCAUAUACAAGCUUAAAAACACAAACCCAAGAAACAGAAAUUGCUGAUUUUUAUGGCUUGAGAGACUUUUAUCAUUUAAUUAAACGAGUAUCAGAAAAACUAAUUGAUAAAGAAAAUAGUACAAGUGAGUUUAUAACAAAUUGUGUGAAAGCUGCAAUUGAAAGAAAUUUUGGAGGCACAAGCUAUGGUGAAUCUAUUAUGUGUAGCUUAUUUUAUGAUUAUCAUAAAAUAAAUUUGCCUAAGAAAAAUACAAAAAUUUUUGAACUGUUAAAUGAUAACUUAAAUGAUCCAAAUGCAAGGUAUUUGAUGAUUAUUGGCAAGCCAGAUAUAGCCAUGUUUAUUUUAGAUAAAUAUUUGAGUGAUAAUAAAAACAGGAGAAUUAUAGUUGGAAGUAGCUUGCCUGAUGAUAUAAAUCAAGAUAGUUAUGGAUUUGAGUCUUUGAAUGAUAUUAUAAUUUAUAUGGAAUUAGGCGUAUCUAUAGUUCUGAAAGAUAUGGACCACAUUUAUAGCUCACUUUACGAUUUAUUUAAUCAGAGCUUUUCAAUCCAUGGAUCAGAAAAUUAUCAACGAAAAUAUUGCAAAAUUUCUCUUGGAGAUAAUUUUAAUCCAAAGUGUCUAGUGCAUCCUAAUUUUCAUGUAAUUACACUAAUAAGUCCAGAAGAUGUAAAAAAACAAGAUGCUCCUUUUCUUAACAGAUUCGAAAAACAUAUUUUGACUAUUGAAAAAAUACUUAAUAAUAAGCAAGCGAAAUUGUUAAAAGAGCUUGAAAAUUGAAUUGAUUUAUUUUUCGUCAUUAAAGAGCAAAGAGUUGUUAGCUUUACUAAAAAUCACUUAUUUCCAAUUUAUAGCAGUGAUUCAUUAGCUCUGCUUAUACUUUUCAAUGAAAAAGGAGAAGAAAAUAGUGAAACUUUAGAAAAAUGCAAAAAAAAUCUUUUAGAGAUAGCUUCUUCUGAUAUAUUAAUAUUACUAGAAUUAAUCUCAAUUGAUCCGGAGAUUAAAGAAAGUAUAAAAAAUAAAUGGAAAGAGCUUCAUGCAAUAAAUUUCAAAGAUACAAUAAAAUCAAUGAUAGAUAAUACAAGUGACUUUGAAAAUAUUUUUGCAUUCACUUAAUCUUUCUCCUCCAUGAGCAAACAAAAACAGUGGAAAACCCUAUUUUUAGGUAAAAUACCCUCUUGUGAGUGAAAAAAAAAAUUUAUAUGAAAAAAAUAUUUUUGAUAUAUAAUUAGUUUAUUGAGAUCUCAAUCUAAAUUUGAUUAAUUUUAAAAAUUAAGAUUUUUUAAAGUUUCGAAAAGUAUUACUUAAAAUUUAUAAAUAAACAUUUUAAAAAUAAUAUUAGCAUUCUGCUUUGAGCUAAAAAACUUUUUGAUAACUCACGGAAGGUGGAGUUAUGAUAAAAGAAUAUCAGAAAAAAUUUUUAAUACAGAUGAUGAUGAUGAAAAGCUUAUAAUCAAAGAGAUGAUUGCUUAUAAUUCAAAGCAAGAUUUAGCCAAAGAAUUGAAUGCGUUUUAUAGAAAUGAAACCCAAAAAGUUUUUAUUUUAGAAGUCGAUUUUGGAGAAGAAUGUGUUCAUCUUCCUUUAGUAAAAUUUUUAAUUGAUAAGAUAAAUUCAGAAAAUCCUUUGUCCAAAAAGAAGUUUUGUAUUGUUAUCCAUAUAAAAAGAAAUAUAAAAUAUAGCUCAUUUACAAUGCUAUUUGAGUCAUGAAAAAUGAAAAUGUUUGAUAGCUUGCUCGACAAUUCUUUUGAGGUCACAGACGAAAUACUGUCAAAGGAUACAAAGUCAUUAAUACUAGAUUAUGAAAUUUUUAAUUUUCAGAAAGAAAUUAAACACUUAGCAGAAAGAUGCUUACUUUCCUUUAGAGUUGAAAUCACAGAAGAAAAUAAAGAUAAAAUUCCUAUCUAUCUUAAUAAUGCUAUUGAAAAAAUUGGAACUGAUUGUGACAUUGCUAGCCAUUUUAAAGCAAAAAUAUGGAAAAAUUUGCAAGCAAAAAUAAUAAAUAAAGAUUGGAAAAGGUCCCAAUGAUCGUGUACAUUUAAUAGUGUGCAUUCAUUGAAGAAAUUUGGUCGUAAAAUUUUCAAAUAGUGUACUAGUUGACCGAAAUUUAACGAUUUUUCUGCCAAAUGUCUCACUGACAAAAAUACAUGUUCAUUUGAGAUGGGAGCGAUUGGAAAAGAAGAAAUUUUUUUAAAGUCCAAGCUUAUAGAUGACUCUGCUAAUCUUUAUGAAGCUAUUUCACUAUUUCUUGAAACAGAAAUAGAAAGUUCUCUACAGCUAAUUCUUUAUACAUUGGAACGAAACAGCGCUCUAUUUAGUUGCAUAGAACCUUUUAGAGAUCCCUAUCUCGAAUUUGAUAGCUUUAGAAAGCAAAUUUGGUUUGAUAUAUUUGAUACCCUAGGAAUAGAUAAUAAUAUUGGACUAAACCGUCUUUAUCAAGGAAAUAUUAUAAAAUGCGAAUAUGAGCUUUGUUUUCCAUUUUCAAUGAUGGACUACAAGACUGUAGUAGCUGCUUUUAAAUCGUAUGAAAUAUCAGAAAUGGAAGAAAAUCAGAUUCAGACUCCCAUUGAGCAAUUUAAAGACGAAUACAAUAAGCAUUCUAAAUAUAAUAGAGGAAAAUUGGAUUUUAAUGGAGAACACUCUAAACUACAAGAUUUAUAUUUUGGAGAUCUUGUAUCAAUUUAUUUAAAGGAAAAUCUACUAAGCUUGCAUCAUAAAGAAUUUAUUUGUGAACUACUCAAAAUCGUUUUUCAUGGUGAUAAUUUAUUUGAAAAAAAAUUAAUUUCAUUCAUGAAAAUUGGAGAACUUGGAGUUUUAUUGUGUAAUACCUUUGAUCUUUUACCAGAGCUAGAAAAUAAAGCUAUAAAAAUACUUCAGAAACAUUUAAAAGAUUUACCUCCUUAUGAAAGUGAGCAAGAUGAAAAUUCUGAAGAAAAUGAAAAUACACGAAAAACGGUUUUAGACUCAAUUUAUGAAAUGCUGAUCAAUGAAAUGAUAUCCAGUAAUAACGAAGAUGUUUUACAGUACUCUAUAAAAGCAGAAAAGCUAUAUAAUGUGCUUACAGAAAUAGAAUUAAAAGAAUAUGCUUUUAUCGAGACUCUAGAUAUUCUUGAAUUCUGGGUUUCAUACAGCAAAUUGGUAGCAAAAAAUAAUGGUAAACGGGAAGAUCUAUCUUAUCUAUUAGAUCAAGCCUUGAACGUCGAAACAGAAACUAAAAAUUAUGUAUGUUCCAUAGAAUUUGCAAGACAUGUUCUUCCAAAAGUUAAGGAAAAAUAUAGUGAGUCUGAACAAUACCUCAAAUUUAUAAGUUCUUAUUUUAAGCUUCUAGCAAGCAACGAUUCCAUAUUCAUAAAAGAUAUUGCUGAAGAGUUUAAAAAUGAAGAAUUUUGGAAAUAUACAACAAAAAUUAUGAGUAUUAUUGUAGAAAAAUCAAAAAUUAUAGAAUGCAUAGAAGAUUUAAAAUACAAAAUAUCAAACAAUAAAGAUGUUGAUUUUGAAUUACCCAAUGAUAAUAAUUACCUUAACGAAAUAGAAGAAGCUUUAAAACAGCAAGGGAUUCAUAGCAAAUUUGGCAUAAUUUUAAGUGAUAAUUUAGGAAAUUAUUUCGAUUCAGAAAAAAAAGAUGACGCAAAAAGCAAAUCUGAUAUCGAAAAACUUAAAAGCGAUUAUCAAUUCUUUAAGUACUUUUUAAAAAAAGGAAAACUGGAACAAAUUGAGUAUCCAAAAAUAAAAAAAAUAAUAUCAUUGACUUUGGUAAGAAAUUAUCUUGAUAUUUAUUGUUGCGUGCUUGCAAAAAAAAUAUUAAAUGAUAAGGAAGAAGAAAUUAAAGAAAAAAUUGAUAAAACUAUUUUUAAUUUAGAUAUUGGAGAUACUUUAAAAAUGUAUUGUGUUAAAAAAAUAUUAACAAUUACAGGAUAUGACAUUUCUAAGUUCAUCAUAGAAUAUCCCAACCUCAAAUGGAUUCCUAGGAUAAAAGAAAUUGAACAAGAAAAAAGCAAAAAAAUCAAUUUAGAUUUAGAUUCAUUUUUAGUUUUCCCUAGGGUUUUAGAAAAGUAUAAGAGGAAUGUAUAUAUCAUAAAAAAAAUAUUGGAAAAUGAAAACCAAAAUUUAUAUGAUGAAAUUCUUAUAGAAACUCAAAACCCUGACCAAAAGCUUGCUUUAGGAAUUGCGUUUUUAAAUAAAAUUUUUUCAAUUUAUUCGAAAGAAAAAGAAAUGAAUAGAAAUAUUAUCAACUUUUUCAAAUGUAGAAAAGAUGACAUUCUGAAUGCUUUUGGCCAGGAAUUUUAUCAAUUAUUCUAUUUUUAUAUCCAUAAUUUCCCAGCAAAUUCCGACUUAAGAUUAGAAAGAGAUACAUCAGAGACUGAUUUGCACAGAAUUUUAACAAUUCUAGGAAUUUUUACAGUCAUAUUGUCUUACAGCCAAAAAUUAAAUCCAAUUUCAUCAAUUUUUUUCAACGAAAAUGGAAGUUUAGAUAAUUUAAGCGAAAGAUUUAAUAAUCGAUAUAUUUUUGGAGCAGAACCUAAUCCAUUGCAUAUAUACAUUAAAGAAUUUCAUGAUAACUUUGAUGCAUUCAUAUCAAAGGAAUGAAAGAAAAGCUAUUCCAAAGGAAGUACUUAUAAAUGUUCGUCUGAUUGCGAUUAUAUUUAUGUGAUAUCAAAAUGUGGUGCCCCAAUGCAGAUAUUUGAGUGUCCUUUUUGCCAUAAAAACAUAGGAGGAACCAACCAUAAAUUAAUAGAAAGAGAAGGGCAUGAGAAUUUAUCACAUGAGCAAGCUUAUAGUUUUCUUAGCAACGCAGUUAGAAGACAUAUGAGCCAGAUAGAAGCCGGUUUAAAAUUUCCUGGAUCACUGAAAAGAGAAAUUCGCUCAAUUCGAGGCUUAAAUCCAAUUAGUUAUAUAGCUCUUCAUUUUGUGCUAGGCAGUAUUAUUUUAGCCUUGCACCAGAUAGGAUUAAUUGAUAAUAUAACCCUUGAAGGACUUAUAGACUCAUCAAUUUUGCAAGAAGAUAGUUAUCAAUACCUAAGAGAAUCUGUGAAAUCUGAUUAUGAAAAAUUAUUAGAAAUGAGUAGAUCCGCUUCAAGCCAUUUAUGGGUAUAUAAAAUAAUUUCAAAAUUGGAUGAAUUACUAUUGAGCUGCAGCACUGGAUCACUCUCUCCAAAAGAUAGGGAUGAAUUUGAAGAGAACUUUGAGCAAAAUUUGAUUAUUCCUAACAUCGACCCACAAAAUUCUAUUUUAGAAUAUUCAAAUUUUCUUACUUCCCCUUAAUUUGGAGCAAAAUCUGUUCCAAAACAACUUUUCUAGAACAAAUUUUAUAAAUUUGUAUGAAAAGUAUUAAUUUGUAAAAUUUGUCGAUUUAAAGGGCUAAUAUUGUUUUAAUAGUAUUAUAUUUAGAUCCCAUCACUAACUAGAGUAAUUUAUAGGUAAAUUUAUAUUAAAAUAAAUAUUAAAGGUAUUUCUAUAUAAGUCCUGAUUUUUAUCAAGAAUUUUAUUUUUCAAUUUAAAGAAAAUUAAUAACCCAAAAAUAUAUUUAAAGGUAUUUGCUCCAAUAUAUAAGGGGCGAAAGUAAAGCCAAUUAUGAAGUCCAAGUCUCUUUUAAAGAUUAUAUAUAUGAGUAUAUUAAUCUAAAAGACGAUAAAAAUUAUCCUGAUAUAGAAUUAUUCAGAAUAAAAGGUGAACCAUCUCUCGAAAAUCUUAAAAAUCAGUAUUUAUUGAGCAAUCCUGAGGAUUGCAAAAUAAUUGAUAUUUAUCUAAAAAAUUCAACUGAAAUUUUAAAAGUCGAAUCAUUGUAUCCUAUUAUAAAAUUUACAAAUUGUUUGCUUGAAAUAUAUAACAAUAAAAUUCUUCGGUCUGAAGCUAUAGAAACUACUAUUAAGAAAGCUAUUGAGGAUAAUCAUUUCAUAAAGCCGCUUUUUGAAAACUUCAUUAAAGCAUGAAAUAGCAAAGGAAUUGAUAAUCUCCAGUAUGAAUGCAAAGUUUUAGAUCGCAUAGAAUUUAAUGAGGAAAGUCAACUUACUAAUUUCCUUGUCGAUAAUAAAGUCAAAGGUGGUGGUAUGUAUAUGGCUGCUGUUUUAAUAGAAUUAGCUGAAAUCCAAAACAAAUGUCUUUCGCAAAUAAAUUCAAUAAUUUCGAAUUCUUUAAGAGAUAAAAAUGACCUCGAUGAAGCCAAAUUUAAAGCGUAUCCUUUACAAAAAUUAAAAGAAGAAAAUAUAAUUUCACUUGAUAUAGAUAAUACAGAAAUACUCAAUCUUUACUCACUUAGCAGCCCCAUAUAUGGAAGAGGCAAAGAAAUUGUUUAUGAUUUUGAAAGAAUAAGAAAAUGCCUGGCUAAGCAGCUCCUUUUAGCUAAAAUGAUUGAUACUACAAAACUUGAUUUAAUUCAAUAUCAUUUAGAGUUGCUAAAUUUAUCCAGCGAAGAGUCAGGACUUUUACUAGAAAUCAAAGGAAUUAUCAAUCAAAAACCACUUGAGUCUGAUAAGCUGCAUUGUAUUGAGUUAUUUUUUGAUGAACUAAAGCAAAAAGGAGAAGCAUAUCAAGAAAAACUGAAAGGAAUAUAUGGAUCAUUUAAUUAUUUGCUUUGCUACCUUAGGUAUUAUAAAGGGAAAAAUGAUUCCUCUAUUAUGAAUUUCUGCAAAGAGCUAAAUUCUUCUAGAAUUUCUGAAGAUUUGAAAGGCAGCACAAGGAUCUCAGAAAUUAAGCUAGAAUAUAUUAUUUCUCUAUAUCAGAUUGUAGAAGCAAAAUAUUUCCCAUAUACAAGAGAUUUUAUAAAAGCUGAUUUCAAGAAAACUGAUAAUGAUAGUGCUGUAGAAUCUGCUAUAAUAGAACUAAUUAAAGAGUGUGACACCAACUCUGGAUUUUAUCCCACUAAAUAUCAAGUAGAAGAUGCUUUAAUGAGAUUUAUUAUUAGAAAUUCAAUGGUUGAUUUAAAUUCAGACUACUCACUAAGAAAAUAUAUUGUUAGAAAUGAUUUUUGGGAUCUUAAUAUUGAGCCCUCAAAAAUUGGCAACCUAAAGAAUAUUUUUUCAAAAGUAAUCAAGAUUUCUCAUUCGUUAUGUGCAUAUGAUUGUCUUCAUGCCAAAAACCAUAAGUUUAUUGGUGCAAAGUUACAACCUUCAGUCCCUAUCAGCAUGAAUAAAAAUAAGAUAUUGAAUCAAAGAAAAAUAAAGGAUCUGAAGAGAUCAAGAAUCUAA